CCUUUCUGAAAGGGAGUGGUGAGCCCUGCUUGCAGAGGGCUCAAUGAAUCUUUCUUUCUUGCAGUAACGAAUGGGGUGGGUAGGCAGCGUAGCCACUCUUCUGUGUGUCUAAGUCUUGGGCCCAGCUUUUUCACUCUCCUUGCCCGGUGCCUGCAGACCCCUGCUUUACCCUCAAUUUCCCUCCCUCGGUGCCAACUGCAUGUCUGUGCGCCACAUGUGUGAUUCCUGGGCGCGUUUUACCUUCUGAGACUAAGCUGAGGUUUUAUUUGAGGGAGGGGGGAUCACGGUGCUGGUGAAUGCUGGGGGUUCCCCAUUAGAUCAACCUGUACCUCUGCUCUCCCCCACCUCCCCAUCUCACACUCUCUCCACCUGAGAGCCAGCACAGGCUGCCUUGCUAGCACCUAGCCUUGGGAGCUCCUAGACUUGGGUGACUGGAUGGGAGAGGCAGGCUGUUUUGUUAAGUUUUUGUGAAUAAACCUUUGGGCAGGUGGCUUCACACCUCAGUUUGUUCAUCCAUUAAAUGGGGUUCCACUGAGACAAUGGGUGUGAAAGAGCUUUGGAGGCCAAAGCUGAGGGCCUUGGUCCUUGUACCUCCAUCCCCCUUCUAGAGACAGCUUUUUUCAGCAGGAAAAAAUCAGCAGCUUUUUUCCCUCCCCAAAAGGCCCAGGGGCACCGGCCCCUCCCCCAGCCCAGGGAAAGGAAGAAAGCAGUUACUAGUUACCAGUUACAGCAAUGUUUGUCUUGGGGGCAGGCUUCCAACACCCCACACCCCCAAAACCCUGUGGGGCAAGGUGGCAGGCCUUCUCUAAGGAAGAGUGGGGGUAGCCCUUCCAGUGCCCUCUGGGUAGGGUGUGUAGCUCCAAAAUGUGGGUACCCCCUGCAGACUAUGUUCUGUCACACACACACCCUUGCCCCCACUCAGAGAUGCAUCUCCUUGGCAGGUGCAUUUACAGGGAGCGGCAGCAAGCCCUCCUGUGACAAUAAGGAAUCUCCCACAGCCUGUUCCUCCCCUUUCACACCCCCUUGGAGGUAUAAGGAGGGAACUGACAGCCCAGACUCCUAGGCUCCAGAGUGGGGCAGGGAGGGGCAGGGAGGAAGGAGAGAAGGACUAACUGGGAGCAGGCAGGGUUUCUUCUCUCUCUGCCCUUGGCACAUGUUACCCAGCCAUGGGGACCUUUGACCCGUGGACAGAUUACCUGGGUUUGGCACGUUUGGUGGGGGCUUUGCGUGGGGAAGAAGAGCCUGAGACCAGGCUGGAUCCCCAGCCAGAACCAGCACCAGGACCAGAGGAUCAGAGGUCCAGCCAAGAAUCCUCACCAGCUCCUGAACGCCUGUGCUCUUUCUGCAAACACAACGGCGAGUCCCGAGCCAUCUACCAGUCUCACGUGCUCAAGGACGAGGAAGGCCGAGUGUUGUGCCCCAUCCUUCGAGACUACGUGUGCCCUCAGUGUGGUGCCACUCGUGAUCGCGCCCACACCCGCCGCUUCUGCCCGCUCACCGGCCAAGGCUACACCUCUGUCUACAGCUAUACCACCCGCAACUCCGCUGGCAAGAGGCUGGCCCGGCCUGACAAGGCGAGGACACAGGACUCCAGUCACCACCGAGGAGCAGGAGGAACCAGUGCAGGUUCCAAAGGUGCGGGGAAGUCGUCUGGACCUUCACCCUCUUCCUGCUGUCCCUCCACUUCCACUUAGGAAGCAGUUGCAGGGAGGACGGGGAUGCUGCCUUCUCCCAGGCCUGGGGACCCUGACUCAACGAAGGCUGGAUUUUGGGGAAGACGCACCUGGCAAGGACCUGCCCCCGGACACUCCCCCAAGCCUGGGGCUGGAGUGAGGGAGCAGCGCCUGGGAGCACAGCCGAUAGAGCCGUGUGGUGGUCCUUGGACACCCCUGCCCACCCUCCCCAGCUCUGGGCACCUAGUCAGCACUCAAUAAAUCUACGAAUGGAUCAGCGUCAGACGAGGCUGGUCUUGGGUCACGGUAGCAGGAACAUCUCCGGAGGGGCUGGGGCACCUCUUUUCUCUCCUGUGUCAGCCACACUUGUUACUCUGACCCCCACUUUCUUGACUGUUGUUCCCCACGGGGGCACUGGGGUGAACUGAGAUAAGGGAGUGGGUACCACAGGGCAACUGUGGGACUCUGCGGGGUCACUGCCCCUUUCCAGGUACUUCUGGGCUGCACACUCUGCUGCUGGGUUAGCACAGUAGGCCCUUUCUUUGACGCUUGAUGUCCUCAAAUGCCCAGCCGCUCCACACGUAGUAACAUGCCAAAUAGGUGGGAUCCCCCAUGCUGGGGGUGGAGCCCUGAUCUGAGGGGGAAAGUGGAGAGACAAUUACACCACAAUGUCCCAGCAACCUGGGGCCUUGGAGUCACAUGCCAGGAACUUCAGAGCAAGGGAAGGACUUCUGGGGGUGGGGGCAAGGAAUGGGGCUGUGUCCUGUGGGGUCCUGUGAAAGCAGUUGGGUCUGUUUGGGCAGGAGUGGGAAGGAGAUGGAGAUCCCUCCCCACCUCGGGAUCGGGAUCCAGUUCUCCUGGGAGGCUGCGCUCAGAGGAGCCCCCACCCAUCUGCCCCCUUUGCUGCCAGAGCUUGUUUCCUUGGCCUCCAGGGGGCAGUAGGUGUCUAUCCCUAUUCCUCCCCCAAACCCAGAGCUGGCCUCUGCCC